AUGUAUUCUUUCUUACUUUCAGCUGCUUUAUGCAGAAGGCACCGCCACAUGCAACCUGAAUCCAACGGCGGCUCUGCGACAGCAACUCCAGCAGAUGGAGUCAACGUCCGCAGUGGCCCAGGUACAAAUUAUGGAAGAAUCGGCGGUCUUUUAAGAGGCAAAUCUGCACCAGUUACAGGAUCCAGUGGCGACUGGUGGCAAGUUAGCUUCAACGGACGUACAGGAUACGUUCACUCUGAUUAUGUUUCAGUUCAAGGUUCUGUAAAUUCAAAUAUUGGUGUUAACAUCCGCUCUGGCCCAGGCACAAACUACGGCAGAGUUGGUGGCUUAGGAAACGGAGCCGGUGUCACCAUCAUCGGUAUUCGCAAUGGAAAUUGGUACAAGAUUAGCCAGGGUUGGGUUUGCGGUGACUACAUCGUCCUCGGCGGAGGCGGUGGUGGUGGCGGCGGAAGCGGCACCGUUACCGACUCCCAGAUGCAGAGAAUGGGCUGGUCUAGAUACAACCUCGGCGAUCUCAACCGUUGCCUUGGCAAAUUCGGAAUCACUACAUCUCCAAGAAUCCGUCACUUCAUUUCCCAAUGCUCUCACGAAUCUGUUUGCGGCACAUACACAAAGGAAAUUGCCAGUGGUACAGCUUACAACGGCCGCGAAGAUCUUGGCAACAAAUAUCCAGGCGAUGGACCAAAGUUCAAAGGCGCUGGUUACUUACAAAUGACCGGAAGAAACAACUACCAGAGAUUCGCUAACUACAUCGGCGAUCAGCGUGUUAUGGAAGGUGUCGACUACGUCGCUGCCAACUAUCCAUGGACAUCUGGCGGCUUCUGGUGGAUGAACAACGGCAUGAACGCAUUAUGCGAUUCUGGAGCUUCCGUUGAACAAGUCACACGCAAGGUUAACGGUGGCUACAACGGUCUUGAAUCACGUAGAAUGUACUACAACAGAGCUUGUGGUAUCUUCUAA